CAUAUUUUUGUAAUAUGACGUCAUAUGAAAUGGAACAUCUUUAACUUAAACAAAUUAUCAUUUUAUCUAAAAUUUGUUUAUACAGAUUCUUUUCUUGCAUUCUAAAAUAUAUUCAUCAAUAGUUAUGCUUAAAAGACUUUACUUAUGUUUAAAGAAUUUUAAAGAAAUGUUUAAGUCAGACAUUUUUUAAUAAUUUCUUUUUUACAUUUUACUUUGCAAACAUUUUUCACCGUUCAAAUGAGAAAGAUGCCCUUGACGAUAAAUAAUGAAUAAAUAUAUAUGCUAAAAUCGAUAUGCAUUUUUACAUAUUUAAUAGAGUUUAUAUCUUAACUCCUAAAAAGAUAACAUAUAUAUAUGCAUAUAUAUAUAUAUCUUUCUCUCUGCCUAUUAACAAUAAAGUACGAACAUAACGUUUAUUCACUGUUCAAUGGUUCAACGGAUUUCAAAGAAAAAAAAUCACAUGAUUAAAUCCCUCUCGCAUGCAGUAACAACAUUAUCAAUAGCAGUGUGAGCUGUGAUAAAUUAUAAAGAUAUCGAGUAAUAACAUCGAAGUGAUCGUCACGCGUUGAAGAUAGCAAUAUGGCAGGAAUAUUUGAAAUACUUUGCGGCCUUACUUUAAUUAUUUUUGUUUUGUAUUACUAUCUGACCUCGACUUUCGAUUACUGGAAGGUCCGCGGUGUAAAAGGACCUCAACCCAUUCCUCUGUUCGGCAAUAUCAAGGAUAUAAUAUUUUAUAAGAUAAAUUUGGCAGAAUAUUUAAGUAAUAUGUACCAUUUUUACAAAGACGAACCAUAUGUCGGCAUCUUCUUUGGAAGUAAACCAACACUUAUCCUAAGAGAUCCGCAAUUGAUAAAGGACAUUUUAAUUAAAGACUUUUCCAGUUUCCCUCAACGAGGCAUUUUUAUAAACACAAAGGGAGAUCCACUGUCAAAAAAUCUCAUUUUUUUCGAAGCAUUAAGAUGGAAACCGUUAAGGAAUAAAUUUGCAAUUACGUUUACCUCUAUUAAAAUAAAGGAAAUGUUCCCAUUGAUGAAGAUAACCAUAGAUCAUUUGGAGCAAUAUAUUAAUAAGAUACCUGAUAACUAUAUCCUUAACAUUAAUGAAUUAAAUGUUAAAUAUACUGUAGAAAUAAUAAAUAGUUGUGCAUUUGGCAUUGAAACAAAUAUAUUUAACGAUGGAGAAAAUGAAUUUUGGAAAGUAGCUAAAGAAAUAUUUGAGGCCAAUAAAAUAAGUUUACUGAAACAAAAUCUGCAAAUGUAUUUUCCGGAAUUCUACAAUCAAUUCUACUUUUUAUUCAAAAAUGUUCGUCUAACUUCUUUCUUUGUAAAUAUAGUUAAAAAUACAAUAGAACAUAGAAUAAAAAAUGACAUCGUUAGAAACGAUUUCAUAAAUAUACUGAUAGAAUUGAAAAGAAAUUCGAAAAACUGUAGCGAAGAUAUCGGUAAGAUUUUUCUAGAUUUAUCAAUUUUUAUCGAAAAUAUUAAAAACAUUAGGAUAUAUUAUUUAAUUAUAUAUUUAUUUAUAUGUAUUUCAGAAUUAACGGAUAUAUUUUGUGCCGCUCAAGUGUUCAUGCUUUUUGCAGCUGGUUUUGAAUCAUCUUCCUUAGCUAUGACCUUUACCCUUUACGAAUUAGCUCAAAAUCAUAACAUACAAGAUGAAGUUCGCAAAGAAAUAAAUGAAGUAUUUGAACAAAAUAACGGUACCUUAAAUAUCGAAUCUAUAAAAGAUCUGAAAUAUUUACAUGCGUCAAUUAAAGAAGCACUAAGGAAACAUCCACCAAUAACAUAUUUAGUUAGAGAAUGUACGAUACCUUCUUACACAUUGAAAGGCACUAAUAUUACUAUACAGAAGAAUCAACAAAUUUUUAUAUCGCUACUCGGAUUACAUUACGAUCCAAAAAUUUAUCCGAAUCCAAAUGUUUUUGAUCCUGAACGAUUUAUGACCAAAAAUAAUGCAAUUAAGAAUGAAAUAUAUCUACCUUUUGGUACUGGACCACGUAACUGUUAUGGAGAAAAAUUUGCGUUUUAUCAAAUAAUACUUGGAUUGGCAACACUAUUACGGAAUUGUAAAGUCGAUAUUUGUGAAAAAACAAAAAUUCCAUUUAUGCGUCUUCCGUCACAUUUGUUUUUACGACCAGCUGGUGGAAUAUAUUUGAAAAUAAAUAAAAUUAAUGAAAAAUAAUAGAAUUCCCUUGUUAUAAAAUACAUUGUAAAAUUAAUUCUAUUAUCAUUAAUAAAUAAUCAUUGAUAAAUAAGAUUACUUUGUUAAC